UCUCGACAGUCUGUCGAGAUUGGUGGAACCUCUAGAUGAAAGACGGUGAAGACUUCUAAAUGAGAGGGGUCCAUCCCCCCCUGGGCAUUUCGAGCCCUACUGAUUUACGAACGGUGGAAAUGAAUUUAAGCUCCUGGUUUGCCUCAGCGAUCGUCGUCUGAAAUCAGCAACAGUCACGCACAUCAUGUUGCCCAGAACUCUGCUUCUAUCUUCCAUCGCCCUAUGGGCAAAUGUGGCCAAUGCGGCUUUCGGCAUCGUCAACAACGGUGGCUCGUACACCAUUGAUGCGGGCUCUGCGAAUCCCCUGAAGUUCACUGUCUCGCAGUCGAGUUGCGAUAUCACAUCGAUCUCUUACUAUGGAGCGGAACUUCAGUACCAGAGCACGGGGAGCCAUAUCGGCUCCGGUCUCGGAUCUGCAACAGUCUCUGCGACCCAAGAUGGCGAUUAUAUCAAGGUAACUUGUGAGACAUCGACCCUUACCCAGUACUUCGUCGUCCACAACGGAGACUCUAUAAUCCACAUGGCAACCUAUAUCACCGCGGAACCCGAUAUUGGCGAGCUGCGAUUCAUUGCCCGGCUCAACUCGGAGCUUCUACCCAACGAGGAGCCAUUCGGAGCCGUCUCGACCACCGCUGAUGGCAGUGUUGUUGAGGGAUCCGAUGUGUUCCUGGUCGAUGGACAAACCCGUAGCAAGUUCUACUCCAGCGAGCGGUUCAUCGAUGACCACAGACACUGUGUCGCAGGAAGCGCCCACCGCGUUUGCAUGAUUCUCAACCAAUACGAAGGCUCUUCUGGCGGUCCUUUCUUCCGUGACAUCAACUCCAACAACGGAGGCGCUUACACCGCUCUUUACUGGUACAUGAACUCGGGCCACGUCCAAACCGAAUCCUACCGAAUGGGUCUCCACGGUCCGUACUCAAUGUACUUCAGUCGAAGCGGCACACCGGGAACAGACAUCGACACCAGUUUCUUCGCCAACUUGGAUAUCGAGGGCUAUGUUGCUGCAAGUGGGAGAGGAACUGUCACUGGGACUGCCUCGGGUGCCGACUCUAGCAUGGACUGGGUUGUCCACUGGUUCAACGACGACGCUCAGUACUGGACAUACACGGCAUCUGACGGCAGCUUCACCUCGCCCGCUAUGAAGCCUGGGACGUACACGAUGAAGUACUACCAGGGCGAAUUCGCCGUCGCCGAAACCUCCGUCACUGUAUCCGCCGGAUCAGCCACGACCAAGAACAUCUCCGGCUCAGUCGAAACAGGAACAACAAUUUUCAAAAUCGGAGAAUGGGACGGCCAACCAACCGGCUUCCGCAACGCCGAAAACCAACUGCGCAUGCACCCGUCCGACUCGCGCAUGUCCGACUGGGGCCCCCUAACCUACACCGUCGGUUCCUCGUCGCUCACUGACUUCCCCAUGGCCGUCUUCAAGAGUGUCAAUAACCCAGUAACUAUCGUAUUCACCGCAACAUCCGCGCAAACAGGCGCUGCGACACUUCGCAUUGGAACUACGCUUUCGUUUGCUGGUGGUCGGCCGCAGGCAACGAUUAACAGUUACAGUGGGACUGCUCCGUCAGCACCGACGAACCUUAACUCGCGCGGCGUUACUCGUGGGGCGUACCGUGGUCUCGGCGAGGUGUAUGAUGUUAGUGUUCCUGCUGGGACAAUUGUCGAGGGGGAGAACACGAUCACUAUCAGUGUUAUCUCCGGAAGUUCAGGAGACACUUUCUUGAGUCCUAAUGUGGUCUUUGACUGCAUUGAGCUCUUCCAGUAAGGGGUAAAGGCGAGAUGUUAUUUCUUGUCUCUUGAUGCUGUUUAAGUAGAUACUAUGGACAGUGAUAUUAACAUUUUGUACAUAGUGGUAGUACAUGUGUAUAUACAUAAUUCACUUCCUGAAGAUAUCCCUGGUGACU